AUGCAGUGCUACACUGAACUGGUCCCGCCCACGGCAGUCACCCACGCCGUGGCAUUACCCUUCCUGGACCCAGCAGCCAACAAUCUGGUCGUCGCAAAGACCUCCCUUUUGCAGGUCUUCAAUGUCACGCGACCAGCUUCCGACAACGCCUCGGAGAAGCUGGUGCUUGUGGGAGAGUACUCGCUGGCGGGGACGGUCACUGCGAUAGCGCGCGUCAAGACCAUCGACACCAAGACAGGGGCAGAUGCGUUGUUAUUGGCAUUCAAGGAUGCGAAGCUCAGUCUGGUAGAGUGGGAUCAGGAGAACCAUCGACUCAGCACCAUCAGUAUCCACUACUACGAAGGCGAGAAUGUCAUUACCCAGCCGUUUGGACCGACCCUCAGCGAAUGGGACAGCAUCCUGACCAUCGAUCCGAAUUCACGAUGCGCAGCCUUGAAGUUUGGCGCAAGGCAGCUUGCGGUCCUGCCAUUCAGGCAGUCUGGAGAAGACUUGGGGGCAGAGGAAGAGGAUGGGUUCGAUGCAGAGCCGACAUCAGCAACAGUAAAGAGGCGAGAAUCAACACAACAAAUUGAGAAUGGGGAAACAGUGGAAACACCUUACAUGGCAUCUUUCGUGGUUCCUCUCACAACAUUGGAUCCCAGUCUGAGCCAUACGAUACACUUGGCGUUCCUCCACGAGUACCGUGAGGCUACACUAGGCAUUCUGUCGUCACAAGUCGAACCUUCCUCCACUUUACUGGAAGAGCGCAAGGAUAUACUUACGUACAGCAUCUUCACAUUGGACCUCGAACAACGGGCCUCGACCAAUAUGUUCACUGUUGGCAAGCUUCCAUCGACUCUGUGGAAAGUUGUUCCUCUACCAUUGCCGAUUGGCGGGGCCCUUUUGGUUGGCACGAACGAGCUUCUCCACAUCGACCAGAGCGGCAAAGCAAAUGCGACCGCUGUCAAUGAGUUCGCAAAGUUGGAAAGUGAAUUCGGCAUGCUCGACCAAUCGCACUUGAACCUGAAGCUGGAGGACUGCGCUGUAGAAGUGUUGGACUCUAAGACGGGAGAACUACUUCUAGUGCUAAGAGAUGGCUCGCUUGCGACGGUUUACUUUCAAAAGAUGGGCCGCAGCAUUAGUGCGUUGAAUGUCAGGAAAGUAGUGACGGAGAAUGGUGGCGACGUCGUAAAGGCAGCACCUUCGUGUAUCACGAAGACGGCCAACGGGAGCCUUUUCAUCGGCAGUGAAGACGGUGUGUCGUCGUUGGUGGGCUGGACAAGACCCACCGCUUCGUUGAGCCGGAAAAGAUCUCACGCGCGGAUGUUGGGACAAGAGGACGAUGAAGACGAUGAAGAUGCGGUCGAAGAGGAAGAUGACGACUUGUACGACGCCGAGCCUGAAACGAAGAAACGAGCCAUGUCCACUGGAACAGUAGCAGCCGAUGCCGUUACAAGCUUCCAUGUGAGAGACUCGCUGCCCACAAUAGCGACGAUCAACGAUAUAUGCUUGGGAAAGGCGCAAGACAGCCCUAAAGACAAGCUUCAACUGCUUCUAGGCUCUGGACGAGAGCGGAGUAACAUGCUGACUGGCCUGAAUCGUGACAUCGUUCCUGAGUCGGUUCACACAACCAUUCUUCAAGGAGCCAAGCGUGCGUGGGCUGUUCAUGCAGUAGAUCCAAAAUCUACCAAAGAAGACUCUCCCUUUGAUAACUUGCUCUUCGUCUAUGAUGGCGAAGAUACGAAGGUCUACGACAUAGCGCAGAGCGACGACGGAAAGCCCAGCUAUGUCGAGCGAUCGCCACCUGAGUUCGAACAGGACGGCGAGACCCUCGACAUGCGGACUCUGGCUAAUGACACGAUCGUUGUUCAAUGUCGGCGUACGGAGAUCAGGACCUACGACGCAAACUUGGCUCUGAGUCAAAUCAUCCCCAUGAUGGACGAUGAGACCGAUGCGGAGUUCAACAUCGUGCACCUUUCGUUCAGCGACCCAUAUCUACUUGUCAUACGUGAUGACAGAAGCGUUCAGGUAUUGUCAGUACAAGGCAAGGAGAUCGAACCACUCGAAGGCGAUGGACCCGUGCUGGAGAAGAAAUGGCUCAGUGGGUGCGUCUAUUCUGGCAGUCUCACAGGAGACAAUCCUACCCUCUUUCUGCUCGAUGCAAAUGGAAGCAUGCACGUAUUCAGUCUUCCUGAUCUAUCAUCGAUCUAUUCGCCACCUUCAUUGGCUCAGCUCCUGCCAGUGCUAUCUCUAGACGGUGCUCAGCGACGAGCUGGCACCAAAGAGGCGAUAGCAGAACUGCUUGUCGCAGACUUGGGUCAGGAUGGCUCCACACAGCCUUAUCUCAUCCUCAGAACAGCCGUCGACGACGUGAUACUGUACGAACCCUUUCGCUAUCCGCCGCCAAAGGAGUCUGAUUCGUGGCAGUCGAAUUUGCGAUUCAGGAAAGUGCCACUGUCGUAUAUUCCGAAGUACAAUGAUACGCUCGCCGAAGAGGAGAGCGGCCGGUCGCCACCUCUUGCAGCAAUUCGCGUUGGAUCUUACCAGGCGGUCACCAUCCCAGCGGCACCGCCGUUGCUACUGCUCAAAGAACCCUCGAGUCUGCCCAGAAUCCUGGAAGUCAGGUUACCGAAAUCUUCCAACAAAGUCACGAGUCUGUCGCCUGUCCAUCGGCAUGGCUGCGAGAGAGGCUUCGCUUUUGUCACAACUGACGAAGAAGUGCAAGAGUGCCAAUUACCUCGGGACACUUGGUACGGAACUGGUUGGAGUGUACAGCAGAUGAACUUUGAAGGACGAGAGGUGCGAUACCUCGCAUAUCACGAAACUAGGGGUGUCUACGUGGUAGCUACUUGCGAGGACGUCGACUUCUACUUUGCGAGUGAGGACCACAGGCACCCCGAGCAAGAUGACAUCUCUCUGCGACCAAAAGUUCCGCAGUACAGUGUACACCUCGUUUCUUCGAAAUCGCAUAAGAUUAUCAGCACGGUCGACAUGCCUUAUCUAGAGACCAUCACCGCGCUCAUGGUCAUGCCGCUAGAGGUUUCUGAGAACACACACGAGCAAGAACUCCGGGUCGUCGUUGCGACAGCUGCUCAGCGUGGAGAGGAUAUGCCAGCAAAGGGAACAGUCAUGGUGUUCGACAUCACCGACGUCGUCCCAGAGCCUGAUGAACCAGAGAGCGGAUUCAAGAUGAACCUUGUUGCUCGCGAAGAAGCUCGAGGCGCGAUCACCGCACUGGCAGCAUUCCCUGGCGGGUUCAUCGGGACGGCACAGGGCCAGAAGAUCCUGGUGCGAGGAAUCAAGGAAGAUGGUUCCUGUCUGCCUGUAGCGUUCCUGGAUGCGCAGUGCCAUACGGAUACCAUCAAGACCCUGGGUGGCACGGGAAUGUGGCUCACUGGCGAUGCGUGGAAGGGGCUCUGGUUCGGCGGCUUCACAGAAGAGCCGUACAAGAUCUCAGUUCUGGGUAAGAGCCCCAAGACUCACAUGGAAGUCGUCUCCGCAGACUUCCUACCAUUCGAUGGCUCUCUCUUCCUCCUCAUCAUGGACGCAAACACGGAUCUCCACGUCCUGCAAUACGACCCAGAAAACCCCAAGACCGUCAACGGCCUCCGACUUCUCCACCGCAGCACCUUCCACGUCGGCCACUUCCCCACCAGCAUGACGCUGCUCCCAAGCACUCUCGCGCCCUUCGAACAGCAACAACAGCCCCUCACAAACGGCACCAGCGAAACCGAAGAAGAAUCCACCUCCACCCAACUCUUCCACGUCCUGACAACCUCCCUCUCCGGCUCCAUCGGCCUCGUCACCCCCCUCGACGAAGCCGCCUACCGCCGCCUCUCAGCUCUACAGACACAUCUCACCUCCAUACUGGAACAUGCCGCGGGUUUGAACCCGAGGGCUUAUCGCUCGAUCGAGAGCGAGAGUUUCGCUGGCGCGAAGGGUGUGGUUGAUGGGGGGAUUGUGAGGAGGAUUGGGGAGUUAGGGGCGCUGAGACGGGCGGAUGUGCUGGCGAGGGCGGGGACGGAUGCUUGGGGGCUGAGGAGUGAUUUGGAGAUUAUUGGGGGUGGGGGGUUGGGGUAUCUUUGA